AUGGUGAGCGAGGCAUUCUUUGGUACUGUGGCCGGUCGUUUGGCCCAGGAAAUCCACGAUGAAUUUCUCGUAUGCAAAAUCUGUUUCGAGAGCUAUACCAAUCCCAAAUGUCUCGCCUGUUUGCACACAUUCUGUGCCAGUUGUAUUGAACUGACCUAUAACAAAUAUACGGACUACAAAGAUUUCACUUGUCCUUUAUGUCGCAAACGAACUCAGUUACCACUGGGCGGAGUGAAACGACUCCCGGACAAUUUCCUCAUCUCCGGACUGACCGAAUUGGUCAUGAGACAACGAACCUCCUCCAACUCUUCCUCGUCUAUCACUCUGACAUCAGUGCCCAAUCCACGCGGUCCCGGAGACGGGCUCGAUUCUGGCAGACACUCCAGUACUCUUCUUGGGGAGGAGUAUGAUUCCGUUCAACAAUUGCCUCGAUUGGUCAAACGUGGAGCCACUUUUGGCGAGUGUGAAAUCUGUGCCCAAGUUGGCGGUCGCGAUCGAGGCAAGUCUUCUGAACCUACAAGCAAACCGGUCAACCAAUCAGACGGCGGGCACCGAUCCAGUUCCGCUCAUCUCAGUACCGCACCACAAGCAACCUCCAAGUGUUUGGAUUGUAACAAACUGCUCUGUGCAGAUUGUGUCCAACGCCACCGGGACACACGAGUGACAAAAGACCAUGCCACAUUCGACCUACAAUCCGGAAGGGAUAUCGAGUGUAAAGAACAUCCGGGAGAACCGGUCAGAUUCUACUGUGAUGAGUGUUCCGCCUGCAUCUGCGUCCUUUGCACGUUCAAUGAGCACCGCGAGCAUGAGGUGACCAGUUUUGGCGAAGCAGUCUCAUCCAUGAGAGCCACCCUAUCCAACACAGUCGGUCAGGUACAGCAACGCAUGCUAAGUUGUCAAUUACGUCUCAGUGCAGUUGGUGAAGUGGCCGAAUUGGUUCAAAACUUAGAACGACAAAUUCGCGAAACCACAGAGCAAUUCAUCGAACUGGUAAGUUAG